AUUUCAGCUCCUCUCCACCCCUUCCAUCUACUGCUGCUGCUGCCACACUCCACAAAAAAAUUAAUAAAAGAAGAAGAAGAGCGGCGCGUUCGGCGAGGUGCUUUACGCAGAGAAUUCACGCUGGAUUUCCCCGACCAGGACGACUGCUGAGCCAUCAUGGAAGAACUUACGGCAUUCGUGUCGAAAUCUUUCGAUCAGAAAAGCAAGGAGAGCAGCAAAGAGAGUAUCACGUACAGGGAAGUUUUGGAGAGCGGCUUGACAAGGGCAAGGGAGCUGGGCAGCCCGGAGACAAACCUGCAGGACAUAACGGACAGCAACCACUGCCCGGUGCAUCUGUUCAAGGACCAUGUCGAGCUGGAAAAAGAGAAACUCAAGGACUUUAAUGUUUCAAGAGCGACAGAGGGGAUUUACGAGUGUAAGGAGAAAAAGGAGGACGUCAAGUCCGAGGACGAGGACGCACAGGGCAAACUGAAGCAGCGGCGGAGUCGCACGAACUUCACCUUGGAGCAGCUCAACGAGCUGGAGCGGCUCUUCGACGAGACACACUACCCAGACGCGUUCAUGAGAGAGGAGCUGAGCCAGCGGCUGGGACUGUCUGAGGCCAGAGUACAGGUUUGGUUUCAGAACAGAAGAGCGAAAUGUCGAAAACAAGAAAACCAGAUGCACAAAGGUGUCAUUUUGGGCAGCGGCAGUCACCUUGACGCAUGCAGAGUAGCACCCUACGUCAACAUGGGCGCCCUUCGGAUGCCUUUCCAGCAGGUUCAAGCACAGCUCCAACUGGACGGAGUCACCCACACCCACCCUCACCUGCACCCUCACCUGGCUGCUCACGCUCCCUACCUGAUGUUCCCGCCCCCUCCCUUUGGACUACCAAUCGCGUCGCUCGCUGACUCGGCCUCGGCGGCGGCAGCGGUGGCAGCAGCUGCCAAAAGCAACAGCAAGAACUCCAGCAUCGCCGACCUGCGACUCAAGGCAAGAAAACACACGGAGGCUCUGGGACUCUGACCCCACCGGGCUGCCCCUCUGCUCGCCUGAUGCCCAUAAUCGUCUCUCACACAAGACUGAGCCUGUGAAAGGGCCGUGACACUCACAGCUAAAAAACUAAAACAAACAAAAACACUGAGGGAGAAUGAAACACAUACAGAAGAGGGGGACAGGGAGUGUGUGUGAGAGGAAGGGAAGAAAAUAAAGAGAAAGAAGGAGGAGGGAGCAAGAAAAUUGUCACAAAACCAGCUGCCAAAACAAACCACUUGUAGAGCACGGUCAUUAAAUACCAAUGAAAUCACCUUUUACUUUUCGCCCAACAGGCAGGACUUCUGCGGAGCCAGUGGCUCAGUCCACUCCAGGCACAGAUCACAUCCCAAGGACCGUACAAACACAUGUGGAUGUCUGUCUGAGACCAGAGGACAUUAGAACAAAGUGGCAGGCAGCAGCGGGCCCAAUAGCAGCGGCUGGCUGGCUGGCUGCAGAGGGUUGAGUUUGGGGAAACAGAACCACCCCCUCAGCACUGGAGGCAUUGGAAUGGCUCUCACCUUCACCCCCGCCCCUGCCCAGUAGAAACCGAAAAAUAUUAAGCAAAGGCCAUACUUCUUUCCAAACACUGUGUUCCCCGCUGCCGCCAAGUGCAUGAGCUCUCACGGAGGACCGCUCUGGGACUCUCCAUUCAGACCAGAAGUAAUUGUUCAGCGCCUCUUUUUUAACACUGCCAUCCAAAGUCUCCUUUGCAGUCUCAUAUCCUACUGUAACAAAAUCCACAAAUCCUUUUUCUCUCUUUUUUUUUCUUUUUUACUGCGCAGUGGAAAGACAUUUCUGCUGGGUUUGUGUUGGCGAAAUGCGGUUCUCCUGACAGCUUACUCUGCGAUUUGUACCCAAUCGGUCCCCAGCAUGUGUGAAUAUUACGUCACUUCCUCUGUUGUUGUUCCAAGAUUGAAAACCUUGUAACUGGUUAAUUUAAAAAGAUUAGCUUUCGGUAGCAUUUUCUGACAGUUUGCCUCCUCUACGACUGUCCGAGCUGUUUAAACAACAGAUUACUACGUGAUCACACCAAUUUAUGUUUUUUCUAAACAACAAAGAGCUUCCCCCGAUCAAAUUACAACUCUGUCAAAUAAAAGAAUGACGCCUAAAUGCAACAAUGUAUAAUGUUGUUGUAAUGAAAGCCACACAGCUUGGAGUCAUUCUCUUUGUUUGACUGUUUUUGUUUUUUAUGUGUUGGCAACAGGAAAAAAGGGCAAAUGAGGGUACUUUAUGCUACGUGCACUUCAGGCGUGUGAUGCGCAUACAAGAAUGUGCUAAAUUGGCAUUCUUGAAUGCGUUUUUAGCAUACGAUGCUCACACUGGACUGUCGCCACCCAAUGCUAGCGCAUGUACCUGCAGUUUGAAGAGGCACUGUGCGAGAUGUCGAAGUGGUGCAAAUUUUGUGAAUUUUUCUUUCUUUCUAUUCCAAUAUAUGAAGUACUUGGUGUCAUAUACAGUAAUUCAGUUGGAAACAAAUCGCAAUCAUUAAUUUCCUCUUCAUGAUCAAUUUUCAACCAGUUGGCACUUCCACUAUCUAUUUGUUACUACCAAAUUUAAGUCCUCGAUUGGUCAAAGUUCAACUGGUUUAACUUUUGGUGUGCGUUCAAUGGCCAUCUGUUUUUUAUGCAUAGCCCAUUGAUGGGCUUAAAACUAGCGACGCUUGAACGUGAGAGUUUUAAAUGCGGAAGCACAAAAUGGGCGUAUACGCCCAUUUACUUAGACUUUUCGUUAGAAGUGGUCACUUGAACGUACUUUUCCGUUCAAGUUUGUUUUUUUCCCAGUGCGAGUAUAGCAUUAUUCUGAGGACACGUCGCCCAGGCUAAUGCAACCAAAUUAACCGUUAAUAAUGUGUUAACUUUGUUAAUAAAGUGUCGUAAUCCUCAUGCACUUAGGAGUAAACUACCAUCAACAAAACUAAAAAAGAAGCAAACCUUUGCACGUGUCAAGUAGCGAUCGCGCAAUCCCGAUCCGUAACUUUUCUUUUGUUUCUUUUUUAAAGACUUUGGCCUUAUUUUAACAUUUCAGGAGGUUAUUGUUAUUGUUAACAUCUCAAGAGACACUCUAACUGGUUAGUGCCGUAAAAUGCUACAGCGGAAGUAAGAUGUAUUUUUGCGCAUGCGGGGACCGAUCGGGUAGCCACUACCGAUUGGGUAGAGGCAUCCUCACUCUCUGUUUCUUUCUUGUUGUGUUGUAUCUUGGGUAAAGAAGUGAAGAUAGCCUUUGCACUUCAGGUCUUGGUUGUGAGUGUUUACAAGUGGCACUACAGGCAGAUACUACUUUACUAAUUAAAAUGGGGAAGCGGGGUUUGAUAUUGUCAUGUGAUCGAUAAAAGGACAAUAUCUUGGAUAAAAGAGUACAAAGGGGAUGUUUUUUCUUCUUCUUUUUGUAUUUCUGGAAAAAAAAUGAAGAAAACAUCAGUCAAACUGAAAUGCAAUGGUGUGCAGUUUAAGUGCAAUACUGUAAAUAGGAAAAAAGUAAAAACAGCAAGCAGUUAAUCCUCGUUGAUAAGAAGACCCAAUGACAAAGGUUUUGUUUUGGAUUCUUUUCGGUUAUUGAUGUUAUGCACUAUUGGGAUAUGACAUUUCUUUUUCUACAAGAGUUUGGAUUUUGUUAUGUUGGAGAAAAGUCGCAUAAAACCUGGUGCCAUACAUCUUGAAUUUACAUCUUCUCAGACCUUUUUUUUGGUAUCUGUCCAGCACAGCUGUCGUGUGUUGAGCAAAACAAGAGCACAUUUUUGGAUGCUGCAGAAAUUAAGAAAAAUAAAAAAUCCAAACGAAACAAAAAAAUAAUAAUUGUGUUUUAGAUUUUGGAAAAAUGUACUAUGAAAAGAAAAAAUUCUUGAAAUAAAGCCAACGCAACUUUUCUUCAAUUUGACUAUUUUUUUCUGGAUUACAAUUCAAUUUUUUCAGCAAAUUGCGUAAAAUUUUGAUUUGAAUAAAAUGAUUGUUUGGGAAACAUUGUCAAUGCUGCUGCAUGAUUCAGGCAGCACCAUUUUUAGCUCUGAAUACCUCUAACUGUCAAAAAUUCAAAAUUAUCUGUACUCACAGACCUCCACAUCAAAGGUUUAUCUAUGUCUCCAUUUUUAAAUUAAACAUAUGGGUGUUUUAUUUAUUAUUUUGUCUGAAAGUUUAUGAAAUAUGAACUAAAAGUGUACAUUUUUACAUGGCUUGGCAUUUAUUUUUGUAUGUUUUCUUUUAAGUGUUGACUUUUCAUUAGGAGGUGUGGCUGUAGUGCAUUGUUUUUCCAAAAAAAGAGAAGAAAAAAAAGAAAUAAAUGUAGCGUGUCCGAGUUUACAAACAUUUCAGGGAUGAUUGAAUUGAA